UAUUCCAUGUCAACAAUAUUAUGGAUGGAAUCUCGUCAACUCGCUCGCCUCCAUUUAAAAUUAUCCUAAUUUUAAAUUUAGUAAUUUUGAUCUUAAGUUAACAGUUAACACUUUAACACUACACACUACACUACACAGUAACACUCACACUGGAGAUCUAGGCCUGACUACUUUAUUACUUGACUUGACUUACUACUUAACUUACUACUAAUUACUGAUCUAGUCUUAUUUGCCUUACUUCUUACUAGAAUCUAGUUACAGUAGUUACACUUAACAAAGUUAACACUUACUACACUUAGGACUUACGCCUACCUAUACACUAGUCUUAGACUAGUCUAGCUCGUAACUAGAUCUAGACUAGUAUCUACUAGUUAGCUAGUACUACUAUAGUACUAGUACUAUGUCUAGUAUCUCUAGAUUUUGUAUAGUUAUUUAUUAGUUAAGUAUAGCUAGUCUCAUAAUGGGAGUUGAAUAGAGGCGAGUGAGUUGACGAGAAUCCUUCCAUCAUAAGCAUGUUGACAUUUUGUUGUAUUGACAUGGAAUAAAAAUGUGCUUUUUUAGAUUUAGACUCCUAAGUUAUAACACUUUAUAACACAGAACAGACUCCCUGAUAUUUGUACCAGAUGACUAUAACAAUGAAUGGGACCAACAAAAGGAACAAUGACCCUUGGGUCCCGUUACCUGAUGUUAUAGAUGACGACGAUACCUCAGUGUUACCUUCACUCCCUAAUGACCCCUUGCACGAAAUGAUUGACUCUGAGAAAUACAUUCAGACAUUAGAAACAAAGUUGAAAAAGAUCAUGAAGUCAAAGAAGGGAGGUGAACCAUCAUCAAGGGAAAUAAUUUCCUCACUAGCUCUGUUCCAUGAAGACCAGAUGAAGCGCUACAUCGAGGAGAGCACCACCAGCAGUUUUAACAGUAUGAACAUUGACGAGCAAAUUGCCCAGAUAUCAUUUGUGCAAAGGAAACUUCACCCAGAGAAACAGCCGCUCAACGCAGAGGAGAUCCUAGAGCUUGUGAGAGCUGAUAUCUUGGCCCGGACUUACGAGGAAUGUUUCAACGAGGAAAUUUCUAGAGUCACAGAAGCUUCCAGUGAAUCCAGUGGUGGUGGUUCUAUAACACCCACAACAACAAAUGUUACAAACCAGGAAGACAGUCAUGAAGCUGUACAAAUGGCAUUAAGCUCGUCAGAAAAUUUGAAUGGUGAGGGUACACAGCCCACUGAAAAUUGGGCAAACUUUGAACAAAUGAAUAAUGACUUAGAUUCAACAUAAUUAUUUUGUGUGGUCAGUCAAGUUUAUUAAUUUAUAUAUUACAUUUUUCUUAUGUCUAACGGGAUAGAAAAAAAAUUAAAUGACAGUCAAGUAGU